UCAACGGACAAAAUAUCUGUGUGCACGAAGUUGGGCAGGGUUUUUUGCUAUUCACAAAGCUCUUUUGCGAACUUACACUGACUGACAGUGCUUCAGACUACGCCGUUUGCGUAUAUUUAAUCGUAGUAAUAAGCCGGUUGACAUUCUGUUCACGGAGUGUGGAAAAGAGGAAAAGAUGUCGAAACGAAGGAUAACACAGGAAACAUUUGAUGCGGCUGUCCGGGAGAACAUGGAGGAGUUUGAGAUGGAUCCACAUGAGGCUCUGAGGGAUGCAGUGGAGCAGUUCGAGUCUCAGGGUGUGGAUCUCAGUUGCAUAGUGAAAGUUGUACCGACUACAUCAUCUGAUGACAAUCAAGAAGAGCAAACACAUGAAGUCUUACAGGCUUUAGAAUCUCUCCGGAUUGGUAAGGACACUGCCGCUUUAGCUGACGUGACAGCGGACUUAAAAUCUUUCACCGAGCAGUGCUCACUUGGAUUUGCACAGAGGUACCUUGCUGCUCAGAAAGAGGCGUACCCCAUCAUCCUCUCUUUCUGCAAAAAGAGCGUGGAGGAGCAGGAUUUUGCCUCCACUGCACUUUUUGCUCUGGCUGCAUUGACAGAUGGACAGCCAGACUUGUUGGACGAGGAAGGACGGCGGUUCCUUUUAGAUAUUCUCCAGAGAUACCAGGCGGAUUCCUUGGUGACAGGCGUCGCCAUCCGAGUGGUGCGUCACUGCUGCAUUAAACACGAGCAGAACAGGCAGGAUCUGGUUAAAGAUGGCGUUCUGCCGCUGCUGACCGGUGCCAUAAGACGACACAGUGGUAGUGCGGAGCUUGUUAAGGAGGCAUCGGCUGCUCUUAGGGUCAUGACCUUCGACGACGAUGUCCGAGUUUCAUUUGGGCAUGCUCACGAACACGCCAAGAGUAUCGUUCUUGAGCACAGUGGACUGAAGAUCCUAAUAGAGGCUGCAAAAGCUCACAUCGGCAAUACUUCUGUUCUGAGUGAACUGUGCGCAGCUUUAUCCCGAUUGGCUGUCAGGAAUGAGUUCUGUCAAGACAUCUGUGAUCUGGGAGGAUUAAAAUUUAUGAUGACUUUACUUGCAGACAGCUAUGAGUCACCGGAGUUGGCCCGGCAGGUCCUUAGCGCCAUACGUGCGAUAGCAGGAAAUGAUGACGUUAAGGAUGCAGUUGUCGGUGCUGGAGGCGUCGACCUUAUUGUUAUUGCUAUGAACCGACAUACAAACAACCCUGCUGUCUGUGAGCAGGGCUGUGCAUGCCUCUCUGUUCUUGCCUUACGAAAACCCAACAACUGUAAAGUCAUCAUGGAGAACGGAGGUGUGAUGGCCGCUGUUCAGGCCAUGAAGAACCAUCCCAAUGCUCUGAAUGUUCAGAAACAGGCCUGUAUGCUGAUAAGAAACCUGGUUGCAAGAACGCGUAACUACAGCCAGCAAAUCCUGGAGCUGGGAGCAGAAGCCCUGAUAACUCGGGCUGUGCAGACACACAAAGACUGUGGUGAUGAGGGCAAAGCGGCUCUCCGAGAUCUGGGAUGCAAAGUGGAGCUUCGAGAGCUGUGGACUGGGAAACAUGGCAGCAUUGCAUAUUAGGAGUGGAAUAAAACGGCAAUGCACAGGUUACAACUUUAAUUCCAACCAAAAAAGCUGUAAGGUUUUUCCACGGCAAAGAAUACAAACUAACCUACCUGGUGGGAAUAAAGCUGUUGAUACAGCUGAUUUAAUGCUGAUGAAACUUAAUUAAAAAUAUUCCCAAAAAAACAAAACAGACAUUUUAACCUUGUGAAAGUCACAGUAAAUAGAGGUUUGCACAUUUCUUUUAAUUUUAUUUUUUUAAUGUUUAUAAGAUGCACAUUUUUGUGCCUUCUGGCUAAGUUGGCUGUGCAGCUUUUUUGGCUAAACCAUCUUUUAACAGUAAUUGAAUGCCUUGUACUUCUGUAGGUUUUUUUUUUUAUUUAUUUUUUUCCAUCAUCGAUGGUUUCAUUUUUUACUCUCCCCGUACUGAUUACCAUAUUACAUGACAGCUUGCUUCUGGUGAGCCUUUCUUAUUUUAUGUAGUGCGUAUUCUACAGAUUGAUAAACACAGUAAAUAAAAACUGUAAAUCUAACAAAAGUGUUGUAAGUCGUUCUUCUUUCAUGUAGUGUACGUCUAACCCAAUGACAGCUGGAAACAGACCUCCAUGACACUGCAAAGACAAACAGGAUGCUUUAACUAAACAACAAAUCAGCUUUUUUUGUAGACAAUCUGUAAAAUUUGGCCUCUAAAUGGGCUGUAUUUAUAUUACUGUGCAAAAGAAGGACGUUCUUGUGUAAACUUGUAUAGUUUUUGAAAUAUUUGGACCGAGACUGUCUUACUGCUGCCCUCUGUGGGUUAAA